AUGUCUGAAGACAUAUGUGAUGGCAUCCCAUCUGAAGAAAAGCCUGAAGUAAUGGAAAUGCCCAGCAAUGAGGCAUUGCCUCACGAGUCAGCACCAGACCUCGCAGAAGCUGAGAUCUUGCAUGAGUCUUCACAUGACGAACAUGGGCAGGCCACUCAGAGUGCCAGUAAUGGGCAGGAAGGAGACAUAUUUAUUAACAAAAACCCUUUGACUGAAAAAAUAGUUGAAAGUCUGCCUUCCAAUGGAGAGGCGACUGAAGACAUGCCCACUGAGUGCAAUGAGACCGUAAGCCUUGAUGCAGAGUCUGAAUCUGAAGAAACACUGCAUGAACAAAGCAGUCUAGCCACAGACUCCUCAUCUAAAGCAAGCAGAUGGGGAGCUUGGGGUACCUGGGGGAAGUCUCUCCUGUCAUCAGCUUCUGCCACAGUGGGUCAUGGGAUAACAGCAGUAAAGGAAAAAGCAGGAACUACCCUAGGAAUUCAUAACGCAAGUUCAGCAUCUUCAGAAACAGCAGAGCCUCCUGCAGCUGAAACACCAGUUAUCCAAGCAGAAGAUUCUCUGGAUCAAAGCUCUUCUGAGAAUAUUUCUUCUUCUCCUUCAUCUGGAUCUCGUGGCAUGUUGUCAGCUAUCACUAAUGCUGUACAGAACACAGGGAAAAGUGUAUUAUCUGGAGGCUUAGAUGCUUUGGAAUUUAUUGGGAAGACAACCAUGAACGUCCUUGCAGAAAGCGAUCCUGGAUUUAAGAGAACCAAAACACUGAUGGCAAGAACAGUUUCUCUGUCUCAGCUGUUGCGAGAAGCUAAAGAAAAAGAGAAACAGAGGCGGGCUCAGCAAGUUACAGUUGAAAGAACAGCACAUUAUGGACUACUUUUUGAUGAGUUCCAGGGUUUGUCUCAUCUGGAAGCUCUGGAAAUCCUGUCAAAUGAAAGUGAAGCCCAGAUUCAGUCAUAUUUAGCAACACUUGAUGGAGAGCAGUUGGAGACUGUGAAAAAUGAUUUAAUUGCUAUAAAAGAGAUUUUCGUUCCAAAGGAAUCAGAUGAUGAAGUGGUACAGGCACAGAAAGCAGAUAUGGGAGAAGAGUUUGUCAGCAUGCUCACUGAACUGCUGUUUGAAUUGCACGUUGCUGCUACUCCUGACAAACUUAAUAAGGCUAGGAAAAAAGCUCAUGAAUGGCUGGAAGAAGCCAGUUUUUCCACCCCAGUAGACAUAGAAGAGAAGCUAAAAGAAAAACCUGGAGAACCUGCUGAAGAAAAGACUGAAAAAGAAGAUAAAAUUGACAGUGAUAAAACAGAAGUAGAUAAAAAAAAAACUGUGGAGGAAAUCUACAUGCUGUCCAUUGAAAGUCUGGCUGAGGUAACUGCUCGUUGUAUUGAACAGCUUCAUAAAGUAGCAGAAUUAAUUCUACAUGGGCAGGAAGUAGAAAAAACAGCUCAAGAUCAAGCAGAAGUACUGACAAAUUUAACAAGUGCCAUGUGCAAUGAAGUUUCGUCUUUAUCAAAGAAGUUUUCCGAUUCUUUAACAGCAGCUGGGAGCAGUAUGAAGGCAGAGGUUCUUAACCCCAUCAUCAACAGUGUGCUAUUAGAGGGUUGCAACAGUACCACUUAUAUUCAGGAUGCCUUCCAGCUAUUGCUUCCAGUUCUGCAAAUUUCACAUAUCCAGACCAGUUGUUUGAAAGCUCAAGAGUGACAGUUUCCCAGCAGUUGUCACCACAGGGCUUAAUGGAAACCACAGACCUAAUGUCUUUAAUGUAUGCAGAUAGGCGGGAUGGUAUGAGAGAUGCCUGGCCACUUAGAGUCCUUUGAAGACACUAAACGCGGUUUUGCACAUACAAUAUUGAACAACAUCUUGAAACCCUUCCAGACUUUUAGACUUUACAAGUAGUUAGUAAAGUGAGUAAUUUCUUUUCCAUUAGAGUAUAUCCUUUGCAUUAAUUUAAACUGAAGUUUAUUGAUAUUAGCAUUGACUUAAAUACGGAUUCUAAAUGUUGACCCUUUCAGUUGUAGACGAUGUAUGAAGCAAAUUAGAAUGUAAAGUUUUGUAAAACAUUUCAGCCCAAAUGACCAUUUCCAUGGUUUGCAUCCUGUCAGGUAAAAAUGUAUAUCUCAAAAGUUGGUUUCAGUAUUUAAUUUUAGCCAACAUGAACAAAUUA